CUGUCCUCUUUCUAGUUCAUAGCUGCUUCCCCAUUGCCUUCCAACAGGCCACAUCAGUUUUUACUGCCUGCUCACAGCCCCCUAACAUGAGGAAUGCCAUCAGCAUUUCUCACCAUUGCCAGUUGGAUUGGUCGUAUUGCCAAGGUGGUUGGCUGCACUUGGCGGUUCAGGUGUGGGGUGGAAGAUCAACAGGAGUGGGAGAGCUGGGACGGUCACAGAGUGGAAGGAACACCUCUGAGCGCCACAGCAGCAGGUGUUGCAGAUAAGGUGACUCGGACAGUGGCCCUUGUCCUCAGGGAGCCGGGCAGUCCCACAGGUAUGGACGCUGGGCGUGCUUGCGGUUGACCGAGAAGAGAGGUAGAAGGAAAACGCUGCACAUUGCUGCCAACGUUUGUCUGUUGCCAGCGCCCAGGGUAGCUGGAGCCCCACGUCAGAUCCCUGUGCUGCGCAUGCCAAGGGAGCGAGCACUCGGGACGUGAGUCUUGGCCGCACCUCGUUUCAGCGUGGGAACUACAGCUCACAAACCGACCUAAACUGGGCUUGCACUUGUAAAAUGCUUGGAAACUUUUUGAAAUCUGGAGAAAAGAGAAAAUUGGGUGGACAAUGGCUGUUGCUCACGACUUGGAGAUGGAGAGUGUGAACCUGAGUAUGGACAGAGAAGGGAAAGAAGAGCUGGAGGAAGAGGAGCGGAUGAGAGAGGAUGGGGGAGAUGCAGCUCCCCCCAAGGCUAGGAAGGUCCACAGGAUUGUCUCAAAGUGGAUGCUUCCUGAGAAGGUCCGGAGAACCUACUUGGAGAGGGCCAACUGCCUCCCGCCCCCUCUGUUCAUCAUCUCCAUCAGCUUGGCGGAGUUGGCAGUGUUUAUUUACUAUGCCGUGUGGAAGCCUCAGAAGCAGUGGAUCACCCUGGACACAGGCAUCCUGGAGAGUCCCUUCAUCUACAGGCCCGAGAAGAGGCAGGAAGCCUGGAGGUUUAUCUCAUACAUGCUGGUGCAUGCUGGCGUUCAGCACAUCAUGGGCAACCUUUUCAUGCAGCUCGUGUUGGGCAUUCCCCUGGAAAUGGUGCACAAGGGCCUCCGAGUGGGGCUGGUGUACCUGGCCGGCGUGAUUGCAGGAUCCCUUGCCAGCUCCAUCUUUGACCCACUCAAAUCUCUCGUGGGCGCUUCGGGAGGCGUCUACGCUCUGAUAGGAGGCUAUUUUAUGAAUGUUCUGGUGAAUUUUCGAGAAAUGAUUCCUGCCUUUGGAAUUAUCAGACUACUGAUCAUCAUCCUUAUAAUUGUAUCGGACAUGGGAUUUGCUCUCUACAGAAGGUUCUUUGUCCCUGCAAAUGGGUCUCCGGUGUCCUUUGCGGCGCACAUAGCAGGCGGAUUUGCUGGAAUGUCCAUAGGUUACACUGUGUUCAGCUGCUUUGAUAAGGCACUGCUGAAAGACCCAAGGUUUUGGAUAGCAAUUGCUGCUUAUUUAGCCUGUGUCUUGUUUGCUGUGGUUUUCAACCUUUUCUUAUCCCCAGCAAACUGACCUACCCCUAGUAUAAGCCAAUUAAUGAAGCUACCAUCUUGCUGGUGGUGGUGGGGAGAGUGGAAACUCUUGUGAAGACACAGAAGUCCCAGCCGUGCCAACGAUUGUAUAAGGAGGACGAAAGCAGCACCCGUCCGUCGCAAGGACUGCUUACAAGGGACACUUCGGAUGGCAGGCAGGGGCUUCUGAUGCAAAGGGAGGAAGGGGAAGACAGAAAAGCAGGGAAGGCAUGAGCUGAGCCUUCCUCGGGCACCCGACAUGCUUGCGUCCUCCAAGGGAAAGUCGCUGUCCUUGGAGAUGGCUGGACAGCACCCAUGAAUAAUGUACUAUGCUGACAAUAAAAACUUUGCAUACCUG